AUGGGGCUGCCUAUUACGGUGGCUUCCUCAGGAUGUGGCUAUUCCAGCUGUGACGUGCUACAGAGUAAGAGGCAUAACAAGAGGAACACUGCAGUCUUCCGCGACAGGAACCACGCAGUGUUUCAGAAACCCUCUGCUGAAGGCUGCCUCCUCCUCCUGCCCCAGAAAAGAGUACAGAGCUAUGGUGCCAAGAAAGGGACGGGCAAGGCUCCAAUGCGGCAGCAUCCCACUUCAGCCCUGUACUUCCUGCGCACAGGGUCAACAGGCUUCUUCCAGAAGGAGCCCGAUAAACACAGUGUUUUGGCCUCUUGCCUCCAGGACCACGCCCUCAGCAUUCACGGUUCCCAGCUGGAAGGCCUGCGCACCUUCUGUGCUCCUCAGCGGCUACUGCUGCAGCGUCUCACACCCACUGUUUCUCCUCAGCCUCACUUCCAUCAUCUCCUCUUCCCCCUCCCAUUUCUAAAAGAUUCUUAUUUGCAGAGCUUCAUGGAGUGUGCUGAAAACUUAUACAAUGCUAAAGUGGAAAGAGUUGACUUUACAAAUGAUAUACAAGAAACCAGAUUUAAAAUUAAUAAAUGGAUUGAAAAUGAAACACAUGGCAAAAUCAAGAAGGUGUUGGGGGACAGCAGCCUCAGUUCAUCAGCUGUCAUGGUGCUAGUGAAUGCUGUUUACUUCAAAGGCAAGUGGAAAUCGGCCUUCACCAAGAGUGAUACCCUCAGUUGCCAUUUCAGGUCUCCCACGUGUCCUGGUAAAGCAGUUAAUAUGAUGCAUCAAGAACGGAGGUUCAAUUUGUCUACCAUUCAGGAGCCACCAAUGCAGAUUCUUGAGCUACAAUAUCAUGGUGGCAUAAGCAUGUACAUCAUGUUGCCCGAGGAUGACCUAUCUGAAAUUGAAAGCAAGCUGAGUUUCCAGAAUCUAAUGGACUGGACCAAUAGCAGGAAGAUGAAAUCUCAGUAUGUGAAUGUGUUUCUCCCCCAGUUCAAGAUAGAGAAAGAUUAUGAAAUGAGGAACCACUUGAAAUCCCUAGGCUUGGAAGACAUCUUUAUUGAGUCCAGGGCUGAUCUCUCUGGAAUUGCCUCUGGAGGUCGUCUCUAUGUAUCAAAGCUAAUGCACAAGUCAUUCAUAGAGGUCUCAGAAGAAGGCACCGAGGCAACUGCUGCCACAGAAAAUAACAUUGUUGAAAAGCUGCUUCCUGAAUCCACGGUGUUCAGAGCUGACCGCCCCUUUCUGUUUGUCAUUAGGAAGAAUGGCAUCAUCUUAUUUACUGGCAAAGUCUCUUGUCCUUGAAAUUCUAUUUGGUUUUCUAUACACUAACAGGCAUGAAGAAACAUAAGUGAAUAGAAUUGUAAUUAGAAGUACAUGAGUUUGCUUUGAUUUGUUUCAGUUCAUUGAUAGUCAGCAAAUUAUUUUGGUGACUUAACCUUUUUCAAUCCCUGGUUGGUAGUCUCAGUCCCUGCUCUCAUCAUUUUUACUCCCAUUUACUUCCCUUCAUCUUAUAUUAUUGGCUUUCCCUCCAUGAUCUACUCUUCCAUUCUUCCCGAAGGCCCAUCUGGAAACAUGGAUUCUGAUUCUCUCAUGAAAAGAAUGCAUGGGCUGCCUGUGGAAACUUUCACAUUUGAAUUCCUUAGUUUUCAGAGACAUUCCUGCUUCAUGAUUCAAUGAUCUAAAAAGUAAGCCCAUUUGUUUCCCAGAAAUCAAAAUGAAGGCUAACUCAUUCUUGACAAUCAAGAAGAUGCUAGAAUUUCCUUUAGAACACUUGACUUCCCAAUCACUGUAUAAUCCAGGGACUCAAAAAUACAGAAUUAAGAUUGGUAAGCAACCAAAGUGUUUCAUUAAUACCUUCAAAUUUAUAGCCUUUUGCUUACUUGGUAAGACUUAAUAUAUACAUAAUUUUCAAAUAUUAAGUGCUUUUUAAAUGUUGGCAGUUGUUAUUUACAGAAAAUUAUUUCAUAUUCUUAUGAGAUUGUGAGUGUUUCUCAUAUUUCUCAUAAUAAAGAUGUAUAACACCUGUAGAGUG